UGGCCGGUUUAAGGAUGCCAUUAUCUAUGCAUGUUUACUGCCCACAAAACUGGGUCAGCGCUUCUCACAGCAAGGGUCGGACCAGUUCCCUUGGUAACCGUGACAUCUGAUACUAGGGAUGGUCAAGCUGCCUGCAGAUGUUACAUUCUUAUCAGGGACCUUGUCCGAGCUGUUCAACUGGUUGUACACAGUACAGUGCUAUUUCGACUUACACAGAAGAUAUUUGGAUUAAUCACGAGGAAGAAAGAGAGCAUUUCUUUGAUCAAAAGACAAUCUACAGUAAGGAAGAACCGCCUGUGUGCGACAGCAACAGAUUCGGAAAUUGCAGCAAUUGCAAAAGAUUGGUUCAGAUUUGCUUGUGAUCGCGAUGGUGGCAGGAAAAGGAGAGAGGAACAAAAAAGGGCACAACAGGCAGCUACACAAGUGUACUGCAACUAUCAAUGCUAUGCUUAGUGACAAUUCCGAACAGGACUGAUCUGGGACAGAUAACCAAAAUUAACAUCUGAUAAUCAUUUAUCAGUUUUGAUUCUUUAUAAUGAUACAAUAACAUACUGUAUUCAAAACUGUUGAUUGUAAAAGAGAAUAAUGUACAUUCAAUCACUGUAUUGUCAUCAUAUACAAAUAAAUUGUAAAGCACUUGCCAAUAUGACAACUGAUUAAUUUUUAUGUUGCCAGCAUUACACAUAAGCAUCACUUUAUCUACUGUUUGUUACGUUGGGCCAAUGUUGGGCCUAUGAAGGUGAAACCAAUAGUUGGAAAUACACACUUGAAACCAACGAUGGGCCAACACGUUGGGCCAACGAUGGGCCGAUGAGCAAAAUUACAUUGGGCCAACGUAGUUUGCCAACAUUGGCCCUACGUAGUCAACAUCUGUGGGCCAACGUUGGCCCAACGUAGUCAUGCUAUCUGGGAAAUUGACUAUGAGAGAAUUUAGAUUACUGCAUUGCUGAACAAUUAACAUACAGAGAAUCUGUGCCUUGUGCCUGUUCCAUGCCAAAUUAAAGUGAGAAACAAAAAAUAACAUUCUUCAAAAUGAUACACAUGUAGACUAUAUUCAGAAUUUUUCGAGUUUUUAUGUUUAAAUGAAGUUUAAAGUUAAUGAAUAAUUACUAAGAUUAUUAAUGAGACUGCAUCUGUCCUCUCACAUGAAAACAAACACUUCUGGGUGUAAUCAGUCCUCACUUUGACAGGCAUCGGUGUGACAGAAAAUCGAACAAAAGAAAUUAAGCAUGAAUAAAUCGAGCUGUGGAAACCGGAGGUAAGAUGGGAAAACUUCAACUUGAGAGGAAGAUAAACUGAGGCCUGCUGUUUGACAUUUAGAACACCCUUUACCCCUAAUGUUGAGAUUUGCAACAUUAAUUAAAAUCGGAUCUCUCAUUUCACUCCAAUAUCGAGUGUAUUAUAGUGUAGCGUACAGAGUGAAAGUGCAGAUCUAGACAUGAUUUUAAACUGAGAUUUGUCUAUAUCACCAAAUGAGAGAGGGUGAGAGUGGGGUAUUUUCUGUCUUGCCCCUGAAGCGGGGUGUGUCUGUUUUUCUCAUUCUCAAUAAGGAAUUUUUGGUAAAAAAUACUGUAUCUACAUGUAAUUUUAUUUGCUUUUAUCCCAGUUUUAAUGUUCGGAGCUGUUUUCUGCUACAUGUAGGUGAUUACAGGGUUAGCACAGACUACAAUAAUUUUAGUCAUGAUGCACACAAUCUUUGAAAACCACAAACAAAACCAACUAUAUCAUGUACAUGUAUAUUCAUUACUUAAACCAGAACUACAAUGUAUUCAGUUAUUAAAAAUUAUAUUCAUGAUGAUAAAUUCAACUCCCUAAUGGUGAUUUAUAAGAUAUAGUCUGGAAAAACCGUUUGUGUCAUUUUCCCUUUCUGAUUUCCUUUGGUGUCAAAUACAUUCAUGUAAGAUAAAACAGGCUUUCAUGGU